AGAAAGCGGACCACAGGCCAGAGCCACGGUGGCUGCAACUCCAGUCAUGGUGUCUGUCUUGUUCUCCCUGAGUCUCUCCCACCUGGGCCUGUGGGCUGCUGGACUUGUCCUGGUUUUAGGUUUCCUCAAGCUCAUUCAUCUGCUGCGGAGGAGGAAGAUGCUGGCCAAGGCUAUGGACAACUUCCCAGGGCCUCCCACCCACUGGCUCUUUGGGCAUGCCCUUGAGGUCCAGCAGACGGGGAGCCUGGACAAGGUGGUGUCCUGGGCCCACCAGUUUCCCUACGCCCACCCACUCUGGUUCGGACAGUUCAUUGGCUUCCUGAACAUCUAUGAGCCUGACUAUGCCAAAGCUGUGUUUAGUCGAGGAGAUCCUAAGGCCUCAGAUGUGUAUGACUUCUUCCUCCAGUGGAUUGGGAAAGGCCUGCUGGUCCUCCAGGGGCCCACGUGGUUUCAGCAUCGUAAGCUGCUCACGCCUGGCUUCCACUAUGAUGUGCUGAAGCCCUAUGUGGCUGUGUUCACCAAGUCCACAAAUGCCUUGCUGGACAAGUGGGAGGAAAAGGCUCGUGAGGAUAAGAGCAUUGACAUCUUCUACGAUGUGGGCCUCAUGGCACUGGACACACUCAUGAAGUGCACCUUUGGCAAAGGAGACAGAGGCCUGAGCCACAGGGACAAUAGCUACUACUUGGCGGUCAAAGAGCUCACUGUGCUGAUGCAGCAGCGCCUCGAGUCCUUCCACUACCAUAACGACUUCAUCUACUGGCUUAGCCCUUCUGGCCGCCGCUUCCUGCGGGCUUGUCAGGUGGCCCACGACCACACAGACCGGGUCAUAAAGGAACGGAAGGCAGCUCUGCAGGAUGAGAAGGAGCAGGAGAAGCUCCAGAACAAGAGGCACCUGGACUUCCUGGACAUUCUCCUGGGGGUUCGUGAUGAAAGUGGGAUCAAGCUGUCAGACGCAGACAUCCGGGCUGAGGUGGACACAUUCAUGUUCGAAGGCCAUGACACCACCACUAGUGGCAUCUCCUGGAUUCUCUACUGCAUGGCCCGGUACCCCGAGCACCAGCAUCGUUGUCGGGAGGAGGUGCGCGAGAUCCUUGGAGAUCGGGACUCCUUCCAGUGGGAUGAUCUGGGGAAGAUGACCUACCUGACCAUGUGUAUCAAGGAGAGCCUCCGCCUCUAUCCACCCGUGCCCCAGGUGUACCGCCAGCUCAGCAAGCCUGUCGACUUUGUGGAUGGCCGUUCUCUACCUGCAGGCAGCCUGAUCUCUCUGCACAUCUAUGCCCUCCAUAGGAAUGCUGCAGUGUGGCCUGACCCUGAGGUCUUUGACCCCCUGCGCUUUUCCACUGAGAAUGUGACCACACGCCACCCCUUUGCUUUCAUGCCCUUCUCAGCUGGACCUAGGAACUGCAUUGGGCAGCAGUUCGCCAUGAAUGAGAUGAAGGUGGUCACAGCCCUCUGCUUGCUCCGCUUUGAGUUUGCCCUGGACCCCUUGCAGCCACCCAUCAAGAUGCUUCACCUGGUCCUGCGCUCCAAGAACGGCAUACACCUCCACCUGAAACCACUGGGCCCAGGCCCUGGCAGGUAGCUUUGCUGAGAGUAGGGCCCCACACAGCCCAGGCUGUGGCUUUCCCUGGGCACUGUCCUCCCCAGGCUAGACCGUAGAGUAACUGGCUUCUCGUCUCUGGGAGGUUUGGAGCUUAGAAGGGGAGUCGACACCCACGUAGACAAUUGGCUUGAGGGCGGUGCCAUGUAAACAAGCAUGUCUAUAAAUGCUUACUGUACAGGUACUCUGUAGAUGAGUCAUUCAUUCAACAAACAUAUGGUGAGCACCUACCUGCUUCUAGAAUUUUCAUUUAUCUCCCACAGUUUGCAAUGUUUUUUAAGUGUAGCAGAAGCUUACAUUCCAGCCACAGUGACGUGGAGAACACAUGGAAGCUGUGCCCUAGGAUUUGUGUUAUGACAAAGUACUCACUCCACAUGAAAAAGGAAUGACUUUCAGAA